AAAUGUUAUUUUAACAUUAGAUUCCGAGAGCCAAUUUGAACCUCUUUUCCAUUGUCUGAAAAGAAUUCUCUGCGUGGCGUAUGUAUAAAAGUACAUAAUGGUGGGACAUCGCUGGAGUUUAUCUUGCCCUCUGGACCUCACCAGGAUAUAAGGCUUGAUAGAAGCGUACUCAUAAUUUUAUGACCUAUUAUGUGGCCGGAUUUUGUCUGUUAAUACUCUUUGAAGUGCCCAGUAAUUUGAUUGCAUGAACCGUUUCGCGUCCUACAUACAAGCCCGUCGCUUGAAGUGAGGAAUACUGUAUUUGCAUAGAUGAAUGGGAGUGGCGGAGAAUGACGAGCAGCAUCAAUUUCCCAUUCACUAAUCUUAAAUGAGAAUGUGAACUACGGGAGGAGAGCUGAGUGAGAGCGAACACAGCCGGCAGUACAGCGGAAAGCUUCUGUUGCUGGGGAUCCUGCCCCCUUGAAAAGUCACUCAGAAUGGAUCGAGACUCGGGCCGGGGUACUGUCCACCAGACAAAGGUCCAGGGAACGCUCUGGUGUUUUUCUCUGGUGGGAUUUUUUCUCGCGAGCCGGAGCUUGGCGUCUGACCUGGUGUACCGAGUGAAGGAAGAAUCCCCGAGCGGGACCCUCAUAGGCAACCUGGCCACCGACCUAAAGUUGGGAGGCUCGUCCGAGUCCAAAGUCACAUACAACCUGGCUUCGCAGCCCGUGGACGGGCGUUUCGUGGAUCUGGACCGGGACACGGGUGAGCUGCGCACAUCGGACUCGGUGCUGGACCGGGAGAGCCUGUGCCCUGAGCAGCCAGAGCGAGAGUGCUGGCUGUUCCUGGACGUUAUCCUGCUGCCGGCCAAUUUCUUUCGUUUGCUCAAGAUCAGCGUCCUGGUGGAGGACGUCAACGACAACGCGCCGCAAUUCCCCGCCGCCAGCAUCGGGGUCUCGGUGGCGGAGAACGCCGAGCCAGGUUCUCGCUACCCGCUGGAGCCGCCGGCCGAGGACCGCGACCCGGGAGCCAACGGGGUCCAGAGUUACCGGUUGGCAGGUGCCCACGAUGGCUUCUCGCUGCUCACCGAACAGGCGGUGAGUGGCAACCCCCCGGUGCCCUGGCUAGUGCUGGAGGCGGCCCUGGACCGAGAGACUCGGGACCUCUACCAGAUGGUGCUGGUGGCCGAGGACGGUGGCUCUCCCCGGCGCUCGGGUACCGCCAGCCUCACCGUCACCGUCACCGAUGUCAACGACAACUGCCCCCGCUUCGUUGAGUCCAGCGUCAACCUUACCCUGAGCUCCAACACCACGGUGGGCAGCCAGCUGGCCCGACUCCGCGCCACCGACCCCGACCUGGGCUACAACGCCCGCAUCGUCUACUCCUAUGCCGACAGGGUGGCCGCCAGCUCGGCGCGACUCUUCCGCCUGGACAGCAGCUCAGGGUUGAUCCAGCUGGCCGCUCCGCUGCCGGACGGCGGGCCGCUGCUGCACCGGCUCACCGUGCUGGCCACCGGCACCGGCUGCAGCCCGGUCACCGCCGCCCUGCGCCUGGCCGUGCAGCCGCUGCAGCCGUCGCCGCCGCGGGUCACCCCACGCUACAUCGCCCUGCAGUCGGACGGUGUGGUGUACCUGAAGGAGAGCGAGCCCGCCCGCACCCCUAUUGCCUUCUUCACGGUGACGGACGCCAAGCACAGGCCGCCCCCUCGCUGCUACCUGCAGGGCCCGGGACCCUUCCGCCUGGCGCCCUACCGAGCCUUCCGCGACGAGUACCUGCUGGAGACCUCCCGCCAGCUGGACUACGAGCUCAUGCCCGAGUAUGAGGUGACGGUGGUGGCAGAGAGCGCCGACGGGCUCGCCCUCAGGACCCGCAUCACGAUCGUCCUGCUCGAUGAGAAUGACAACUCGCCCGUCUUCAGCCAGCCUGUGCUCAACGUGGCCAUCGAGGAGAACCAGCCCGCAGGCAGCUUCCUGGCUCGGCUGAAGGCCAUCGACGCUGACAGCGGGGUCAUGGGCAGUGUCACCUACGCCCUAGCCCCCGGGGCCCUCCCCGUCUUCGUCCUGGACAAGGUGAGCGGCGUGCUCUCCGUGUCGGCGCCCCUGGAUCGCGAAGAGCAGGAGAAGUACCGGAUCGUCGUCAAGGCCUUUGAUGGCGGAACCCCGUCCCGGGAAUCCACGGCCACCGUCCUCCUCACCGUACUAGACACCAAUGAUAACAGCCCCAGAUUCAUUAACAAGGACUUCAAUUUCUUUGUGCCCGAAGACUACCCGAGUUUCAGUGAGAUUGGCGUGAUUGGUGUUGUCGAUGCCGACGAUGGGAAUAACGGCUGGGUGGCUCUGUCCAUACUCAAUGGCAGUGAUCAUUUUGUCAUCGACACGGGCAAGGGGAAUCUGAUGGCCAGAGCGCCCCUGGACAGGGAACAACAGAGCUCCUACAUUCUCUGGGUUCUGGCUAUGGAUGGAGGGGAGCCUGCUCUGUCUGCUGUAGCUAAGGUGACUGUCCUUCUAACGGAUGUCAAUGAUAACCCACCUUUGGUCUUGUUCCCUCAGUCCAACCUCUCUUUUCUACUGGUGGCUCCAUCCACAGCCCCUGGCUCUUCCAUUAUGGAGGUGUAUGCAGUUGAUAAGGACACAGGGAUGAAUGCUGUCAUUGCCUACAGCAUCAUUGGCCACAGAGGGCCUCGUCCAGAGACUUUUGUCAUUGACACAGGAACGGGUAACAUCACCUUGCAUGGGACUUUGGUGAAGAAUGACUAUGGACUGUAUAGACUACUGGUCAAAGUCAGCGACCAUGGUUACCCAGAGCCACUCCACACCACAGUUAUAGUCAAUCUCUUUGUCAACGAUACAUUGAGCAAUGAGAGUUACAUAGAAAACCUGCUGAGGAAGGAGCCUGACAUCAGGAUUGAGGAAAGCCUACCAGAGACCAGGACUGACCCUUUUCAAACCAAAGUUGACAUAUUUCCAUGCCAGACUGUGCUGAUAGCUCUGUCCGGUUUUUGCUUCGGCCUUCUCAUUUUAGUGUUUGCUUUGGUGUGCUACAUCUCACUUAGGAAAAGGAAGCACAGACGUAAAAAUUACAGUGUUACUGAUGUUGAUAUCCCAUUGAACAAAAUUGCUUCAUGUACAUUAGAGAAGAAAUCAGUGAUUUAGAUCUAUAUGUGGGAUUGGAUAAGAGACACGGUGAACUGAUCAAUUAUAGUUAUAUCAGGACACAACAUUGAGAUUACCAACAUCUUUGUUUAAAAUAUAUUUUGUAUGAUGGAUUUAUGUUACCUUGUUCCAAUCUGAUUAGCAAUCAAUUAAUAUAUUGUUUACGGAGCUGAACUACUUGGUGUAGUUUAAGAAAGUGUUCUUGCAAAAUUGCACAUUGGUACUUUGUGUAAAAAGCUUAAACUUGCACAGCUGGAUCUGUGAGUGGCCCCAAUGCUUCAUUUUAUGGCAAUAAAAUGCAAGGCCUCAAAUUUCAGGGGAAAAGAACUGCCAAGAUCCAAUUCAACUCUUGUUUCCUUUUGUGGAUGACCAAGGAAUCGGAAAAAGAUAAGGUAUGAUGCUGAAGUCUGUGUUUGGUGUUGCAUUUGGCUUCAUUGGUGAGAUGACCUUGAAGGUUUCAAUCAGUCUUGAAGUGUUAUUUAAAAAAAAUAUAAAUACAACACUGAUUGUUAAAGUGACUUGGGCAAAAUGGUGUGGGACACAUUUAAAUUGAGGAAAUGGAGAACAAGGUUGAUUACAUACCUAUUAGAAAAAGAAGGUAAAGGAUACUAAGAUUUCUAAUACCCUGUGAAUUAUGUUUAGUUUUAGUAACAGACUUUGCAGAUAUUGAAACAAUGAACAGUUGGGAAGCAAAGGAAACUCUUACUUCUCAAAGAGCAUCUAUAACUGUUAAAGAGACUUCUAUUUAGGUAUUGUUAAGAAAACAUUUUACUUUUGAAGAAUACAUAAAGUUGCUGUUUAUCAUUACAGGUUGCCUUCAGUUCCAAAACUAAUGAUUGAAGCUACCUACAUUGGAAAAGCUGCAACAAUGAACAUCACUAAACAUCUUAUUAGUUUUUGGAAAUCAUGCAUGUCGCUUUUCUCCCUUGCACAAGUCCUUUCUGACACAAAAAUGAAUUUUAUUGAACUGGGCAAUCAGAAAACUCAAGCAACAUAAAAUAGGUGAUUAGAGCAGAAAAAUGUAGAUACUGGAAAUCCAAAAGCCGCUUGAAGUGCUCAGCAGGUCAAGCAACAUCAACGAGGAGAGAAAGAAUCAAUGUUUUGUGUCAAGGAUAGAUAAGGUGCAGAAAUAAGUCCCAAUUUAACAUGAAUUUGUUCUCAAUUGUUCUACUAGUGAGGGGGCCAUCACCUGAAAUGUUGACUGAUUCUUACUCACCCAAUGUUGCUUCACGUGCUGAGUGAGUGCUUCAUGCACUUUCUGUUUUUGUUCAAAAUAACUGACUUAACUAGUCUUGUUGAAAGUUUCAUCUAGAAUAUGGGAAUGGAAUUUAAAUUGGAUUCAAUUUGACAAGAACAAUAUGAGCAACAACAUUUGUGUAAAAACUUAGUUUGUGAACAUUUGUACCUAAGUCUAAAAGAGUUAUAAGAAAUUUUGUGUUGCAAAUAAAUUAUUUAUUUUUAUUUAAAAUAAGACCUUAGAUAAAGUUCAGACUUUAAAUAAAAACUCCAUUUGUAAAAUGCAGAAUAAAUGUUUUUUUUUAGUGUACCACCAGAGAGCUGUUUGUUCACACUUCUGGGGUUGCAGUGGCACAGCUAGGAUAGUCACUGCUUUGUAGAGCCAGACACUUGGGUUCAGUCAUGACCUUGGGUGGUGUUUGCGCGGAGUUUGCACGUUCUCCCUUUGACGACGUGGGUCGCCUCUAGAUGCUCUGGUUUCCUCUCUCAUGCAGUCAGUAGGUAAAUUGACCACCGUAAGUUGCCUUUUGUGUGCAGGUGAGUGGUAUCAUCUGUGGAAGUUAAAGAAAAUAGUUUUUUUAAAAUGGGAUCAAUACAGGAUUUGUGAAAAUGGGUGGCUGGUGGUCCAAAGCGCCUGUUUCAUUGCUGUAUUUCUUGAUUACCUUAAUUCAUUAGGAUCUUCCUGGCUUUGUGUUUAAGGGACUGGAUCAAAAGAUAUAUAUUUUGCAUUUAAAAACCACUAGAAACUUGACACAAGAAUUUUAUUAAUACCAACCUAUCAUUCAGGUAAUAUCAAGUGAAAUAAUAAACUUAGCUUUUCACACUAAUCAUCUCUCAUUUAUGCUGCAUCUUUUAUGUAUGUAUUGGCUAGUCCUGUGAAAUUUAAGCCUCGGUAUGGAGUUCAAUUAAAACUCUUUUAACCAUAAUUUCAAUUAAUUUGAUCAGGUGGUAGAAAUAUAUUAUCAAGAUUGUGGGUAUCAGUCUGUUUUUGCACUGAAGCAGAUCUGUUUUGACAGUUGUCAGAAGAUCAUCGGGUUUUAUAUUUACUCAAUCACUAAUCAAUGGCUAAGCCCAACCUUCAUGUCCUUUCUACAAGGUGGCUCAUUAGGGCUGUUCAGAGUUCAGUUAAGAGUCAACCACAUUGGUGGCUCCAGAUUCAAAUAAUAUUAAUACUCUUCAAGUUGUUACAUCAUUUCAUUAUUUGAAUUUAACUUUGCUAGUUGUUGAAUUGGGAUUAAAAUUGGGGCCUCUGGAUCGAGUAAUACAAGUGUUGAGAUACUUGCCCAAUAACUUAAUUGCUAUGCUAUCAUCCCUCAGCUCCCAAGCCUACUAAUGUCGAUUAGAAUUUAAACUCUGUUACAGUUUAGCAUAGGAUAAAGUAUAGCUUCUAUUUGGUACAUUAUGAGAUUUUUAACUAUUUUUGAGCAGUUCCUUGAACAUUUUUUAUUUAAGUAUAAUUUUAAAAUAUCAAUAUUGCU